CCUACUUCUCGGUUGGAGGUUUUCUCCUCUCAUUUGGUUCCCACUCACCACCAAAUCGACAACUCAGAUCAGACGUUUUUGCCGGCUAGGUGCUCAGUGGAUGUUUGCACAAUGAUGUUCCCUCUCAUCUACUUGCUUCUCCUCCAAGCCGCCUCUCUCACCCUCGGCGCUCCACAACGGGCCCUGUCACUCCCUCGACGGAAAGUGACUAUCCUCGACGCCGACCUCAGCGGAGACGGCGAAGAGAGGCUCAGAGAGAUUCUUGACCGGCCCUACAGCACGCGACACCGCGACGGCAGCGACAGUAACAAGCCCUUCAAGGACAUUCGCUUCUCCGAGAGCGAGGGAAGAGCACGGUGGACGCGGGCUAAUGUGAUCAAUGUAGAAGCAUCACGAUCGGGUGUCGAGAGACAUGUCCUAGAUGAGGCAUCAGUUCAGAGACAUGUAGUUGACGACGAUGCUGGGGUUAGGAUUGAGCACGGGGCCGAUGGGAUUGCCAGAAGAGUCUAUGAGCAAGGCACGUUGGAGAACGCGGAUGCCUACUCCAGUCCCACGAGAAGAGAUGUUGAGGACGAUCCCUGGAACCCGGUCCUCAGAGACGGAGGGAGCAGCGAAGACCCGUUUGCGAAGCCAAAGUUCCGCGAGGGACAGGGGGGGUUCGUCCAGUGCGCGGGCUGUUCUGAUACCAGAGGUGGCUCCGAGGGGUGGAGGAGAUCUAUGCCCUUUGCUGAGCAAACAAACACCACUACCAACGAAACCCAUCGCCAGCACCCAGCAGACCUCCUCGACGCCCUCGAUCGCAGCAACGCAAGUCCCCUAGCAUGGGAUCUCCCCACUUCCCAAGCACUUACCUCCUCUCUGCAAAAGCGCGGAACAACAGACUGGACCUGCAACCGCAUCGGCCAAAAGAACACCAAAGAAGCGCUAGCCAUCAUGUACGACGUCUUCAACAACGUCUUCGGCACCGAGCCGCUAGUGGGCAAAACGAACCAGUGUUAUGUAGCAGAAUGCCAGGACUGGUAUUUUAGUUACUGCCAAAUGUCAGUUGACGUCAAGGAAGAAAAGCCCGGCGCGCGGAAGAAGGUGGCGGAUCGUGAUCCGGGGAAAGGAGGGUCGUGUUAUGCGGUUGCGGAUGGGGAGGAUUCGAAUCGGUACCAUCGGUACUUUUUCGGGCAUGUUGGGGCGAAUCCGAUUCCGAAUUAUAAUGGGGGGUUUAGUAUUAGGAGGUGUAAUUGA